AUGGCUCCCUUGAAUUCGUUUGGUAGCAAGGGGUUUACUCAACAACCUGGUAUUGACUUUACUGAUACUUUCAGCCCUGUUGUGAAGCCCACCACCCUCAAAACGGUUCUCACCAUUGCUCACUCUCGUGGCUGGCCCAUUCGCCAACUUGAUGUUCAGAACUCCUGUCUUCAUGGCAAACAUCGUGAAGAGGUAUACAUGUCUCAACCACCGGGAUUUGUAGACUCGGAUCAUCCACAGCACGCUUGUCGGCUUCACAAUGCUAUCUAUGGAUUGAAACAAUCUCCUCGGGCCUGGUUUUUUCAUCUAUACUCCUUGAUUCAGGAGGGGUUCACUGCUUCUACAUCUUUGACUGGGACAUAUCAAUUGGUAUCAGAGCUAGGCACCAUGGCUACUAACAAUGAGAGAAUUAAGAGUUUAGAGGCUGGACUUGGAGGACUCCAAGAUAGCUUUAGUCGUAUGGAGGCGGGAGUAGCUGAUAAGUUCCAUCAGUUAGAAGAUGCCAUCAACAAAUUAUCGGAAGCUCUACUCUCCAACCGUGUUGCAUCGACUGCCAACAACCUCGAAUUUAAGGCAAACUCUCCUACCGGGCGUUCUCGCAACAUGAGAAAAGAAUCUCGAGACAACUCCAAAGUGGGACGACAACUGUUCUCUUCCAAACUAGCCAAAUUGGAGUUUCCUUAA